GUCGGAUUUCUCCCCUCUCUUUCAGCCAAACGGUUCGAAAAUCAGGACUUCCGCCACUCACCGUUGCCACUGUUUUUGCUCCAGUCAUGUCUGCCGCCGAGGUUGCAGCAGCAGCAGCAUUUGAGCGCAUUGUGAACAUCACACAGAUAUACAUUGCGUCAACGUCAUCUAUAUGGUAUUGGGACUGGAUUGUAUGUUUACCAGCGGAGUGGAAGUAUAUCUGGAAGUCCGACUGGUCGGCUAUCAAGAUUCUGUACUUGUUCGUGCGUUACUAUACGCUCGUAGAUAUGAUAAUGGCCGACAUAUGGUUCCUUGGUGAAUGGACAGAAGAAGCAUGUGCAAAAAACCUCAAAGUCUUACCAUAUUUCACCGUCCUUGUCGAUGUAUCUGUCGAAUUGGUACUGGCUCUACGUGUAUAUGCGCUGUUUGGCCGUAGUAGGAUUGUAUUGAUCUUCCUAUCGAUCAUGAUGACUGGCUUCACAGGCGUGAUGCUCGCUACUUGUGCCCUCGGAGCGACUUAUGCAAAACUGCCAUCCUGGCCAGGCCCUUGUCUUAUUGCUUCACAGCCGUCCAUUGCCGGUCCCAAUUUCAUUAUCGCUUUCUAUGCGUCACCUAUGGCCGUCGAUUUGGUCUUGACAGCGAUGACUAUCUGGCGAAGUGUCCGCCACAAAGCUAUGGGCUCGUCAUCGACUCGGUCGUUGAUGAAUGUCUUCAUCAAAGAGGGUAUUUUCUACUUCGUCGCUAUCUCCUCGCUCAACCUCAUCAAUGUGAUUUUCUUCUUGCAAAAGAACACGCUUAUCCAGUCCAUAAACGCGGCUAUGAGCAUUCAGCUGUCCGUUGUUUUAUCUUGCCGUCUCGUUCUCAACCUUCGUGCGACACGCAACCGUACCAGUGCACCGCGUAUCAACAAAUUCAGCAAUACCCUUGGCCGCUGGGUCGCCGACUUCGCUGCGGAGGAUUCGACUGAUCCGAACGCUUCGAUUGCUCUCAGCCCGAGGCCACCACACGAUCGGUCGACGGCAUCGAUUCCUCAGAAGGACGAUCAGCCCACGGUCGGCAAUGGUAUUAUGGUACGAUGGGAGCAAGAAGUAAACUACGGAGAUAAUUGGGGAGAUAGGAAGAGGGUCGAUGACCCAGAGCUCGGCAGGGACUCUGUCGUUGUACAAGAAUGAUUGCGUUCAUGACUACUGAUGUCUUGUUUUCUUCUUCUUCUUACAUCCAUCUUCCUCUUACCGCUUGGCGGUUCAGGACUCCUCAUUCGUUCCAUCCCGGUCUUGCAUGCACCGUACAAAUAUCCUGUGGUGGCUAGUAACUUU